AUGGCGGAACUGGCUUCCUCCACACCAGCAACCUCCUCGAUCUGCUCUCCUUCUCCAGCCAUAUCACCUCCGCCGCAGCAGCAGCAGCCAACCCAUGUGCUCCUGAUCAUCAGCUANGGCUUCCUCCACACCAGCAACCUCCUCGAUCUGCUCUCCUUCUCCAGCCACAUCACCUCCGCCGCCGCAGCAGCAGCAGCCAACCCAUGUGCUCCUGAUCAUCAGCUAAAUCAGCACCUUCGCGUGGACAGCAGCAGUUGGGUGCAGCUGUCCGGCCACGAGGACUCCUUUGCGCUGGCCGGCCCGGGCACCAUCUGGAAGAAACGGGCGGCCGACAGCACCGAGGUGGCCGUCUACGAGUCGCUGAUGCGCGACGGCGAACCGAUUCAGGAGAUGCUGCCCAAGUACUACCGCGACGUCCAGUACAAGGGCGACCACUUCAUCGAGCUGGAGGACCUGCUCUAUCGUUACCAGAGCGGCGACGCCGCCAUCAUGGACAUCAAGAUGGGCAGUCGGACGUUUCUGGAGGCGGAGGUGGCGGCCAACAACCGGCCGCGCACCGAUCUCUACGAGAAGAUGAUCAAGAUCGAUCCGCUGGAGCCGACGGCGGAGGAGCACGCGGCGAGGGCGAUCACCAAGCUGCGGUACAUGCAGUUUCGCGAGGAUCUCAGCUCAUCGUCCAAUCUGGGCUUUCGGAUAGAGGGCUUUAAGGUCGGCUCUGACGUGAAGCACAACAAGAACCUGCACCUGAUUAAGCGGCGCGAUGAAGUGGCCAACACCCUGGCCACCUUCUUCCACAGCAAGCCGGAGGCCGCCCAGGCGGUGGUCCAUCGCCUGCGACAGUUGCGCAAGUGCUUCGAGAACUCCUCCUUCUUCGCCCAGCACGAAGUGAUCGGCAGCAGCCUGCUGAUCAUCUACACCGCCGAGAAGGUGGGCGUCUUCAUGAUUGACUUUGCGAAGACGCUGGCGCUGCCGGCCAGUGUCACCAUUGACCACCGCAGCGGCUGGCAGCUGGGCAACCACGAGGACGGCUACCUCUUCGGCCUGGACAAUCUCAUUUCCGUUCUGGAGGAGGUGUCUCGCAGCUCCUCCGCAUCGUCCACAUAA